AUGAACAGCCGUCAGGUUCGCCGUCUCGUCGCCGCGCGAUCCUUACUGAAACAGUUUCCAGAAUGUAUCUUCUACCGCCUUUAUAGCCAAGUGAGACCAGUAUAUGUAAUAGACCGACCUAAAUGGCGUCAUUCCACACCGAAUUUCUACGCCGCUCAGUGUAUAGACAUGAGACCCUAUUCAUUCGUGCACAACCUCGAUCCAGUACAGGUUCGCGAAGGGUGUCAUAAAAAUGCUGACGAUGUGCUGUUUGAUAUGUUCAAAAAUGAUGAAACAGGACUUCUUCCAGUUGGAAAAUUUUUAGCUGCUCUAAGAACAACUGGUAUACGGAAAAAUGACCCACGUGUUAAAGAAGUUAUGCACAAUUUAUACAAAGUUCACAAGGAGUCCAACUUCGAAGGAGGCUCCCCGGAGACUUUAAAAUUAGAUAGAAAAGCAUUCAAAGAAGUUAUUGCACCGAAUAUAGUUUUAAUUACAAGAGCUUUCCGUAGUCAGUUCGUCAUACCAGAUUUUCAGGACUUCAUUAAGGACAUAGAAGAAAUUUAUUGGACUGCAAAAAGUAACACGGAUGGCAAAGUUGCCAGCUACAUACCCCAACUUGCUAGAGCAUCGCCAGAAAACUGGGGAGUUAGUGUAUGCACAAUCGACGGACAAAGAUUUUCAAUUGGUGACGUGACUGUGCCAUUUACUCUACAAUCGUGUAGCAAGCCUCUUACAUACGCCAUGGCUCUAGAGACUUUAGGCUCUGACGUGGUUCAUAAAUACAUUGGCACAGAGCCCAGCGGCCGAAAUUUUAAUGAACUCGUCUUGGAUUACAACAUGAAACCUCACAACCCCAUGAUAAAUGCGGGCGCUAUUUUAGUAUGCGCUUUACUAAAAACACUGGAUAAACCAGAAAUGACACUGGCGGAAAAGUUUGACUAUGUCAUGUCCUUCUUCAGCCGUCUCGCUGGCCAUGAACUUUUAAGUUUCAAUAACGCUGUAUUUUUGUCGGAGCGUGAAGCCGCGGAUCGCAAUUAUGCUCUAGGUUUUUACAUGCGCGAGCAUAAAUGUUAUCCAGAAAAAACUAAUCUUCGAGAAUGUAUGGAUUUCUACUUUCAGUGCUGCUCAAUGGAAGCCAACUGUGACAUAAUGUCAAUUAUGGCAGCUACUUUAGCGAAUGGCGGCAUCUGCCCCAUAACUGACGAGAAAGUGCUUAGGCCAGAUUCUGUCAGGAAUGUUUUAUCUUUAAUGCACAGUUGCGGCAUGUACGAUUACUCUGGGCAAUUUGCAUUCAAAGUCGGUCUUCCGGCCAAGUCUGGUGUAUCAGGAGCUAUGCUCAUUGUAGUUCCGAAUGUUAUGGGCAUUUGCACAUGGUCCCCGCCUCUUGAUCCACUUGGAAACAGUUGCAGAGGACUCCAGUUUUGUGAGGAUCUCAUUAUGCGUUUUAACUUCCAUAAAUAUGACAAUAUUCGAUAUGCUAGCCACAAAAAAGAUCCUCGCCGAUACAAAUUCGAAUCUACUGGACUCAGCAUCGUGAAUCUCUUGUUCUCUGCUGCCAGCGGUGACCUUAGUGCUUUAAGAAGACAUCAUCUAUCCGGUAUGGACAUGACAUUGUCGGACUAUGACGGGCGUACAGCGCUACACCUAGCGGCAGCCGAGGGUCAUUUGUCUUGCGUCGAUUUCCUGCUUGCGCAAUGCUCAGUCCCUCAUGAUCCUCGGGACCGCUGGGGUAGCCAACCACUCAACGAGGCCGAGACAUUCGGCCAUACGGCUGUUGUCCAGUAUCUUAAAGAAUGGGAACGUUCUCAUCCUCAAAACAAAGAUGAAACAACAGUUAAAUCAGAGUCGACGGUAGAUGCGAUUCUUGAGGUAAACCCAGAUGCAAAUGAUGCCGUAAAAGAUCCAAGUAUACAAGAAAUCGUUUCCAGAAACGGUGACAAAGUACAAUAA